AUGCUAAAGGCAUCCUAUCUCAUCCAUCUAUCCAAUCAUCCAUCCAUCCACCCAUCUACCCAUUCUUCCACCCAUUCAUCCACCUACCCAUCCAUCUAUCCAUCUACUCAUCCAUCCAUCCAUGCGUCUAUCCAUUCAUCCACCCAUUCAUCCACCUACCCAUCCACCCAUCCAUCUACUCAUCCAUCUACCCAUGCAUCUAUCCAUUCAUCCACCCAUUCAUCCACCUACCCAUCCACCCAUCCAUUUACUCAUCCAUCCAUCCAUGCAUCUAUCCAUUCAUCCACCCAUUCAUCCACCUACCCAUCCACCCAUCCAUCUACUCAUCCAGCCAUCCAUAUAUCUAUCCAUUCAUCCACCCAUUCACCACCUACCCAUCCACCCAUCCAUCUACUCAUCCAUCCAUCCAUGUAUCUAUCCAUUCAUCUACCCAUUCAUCCACCUACCCAUCCACCCAUCCAUCUACUCAUCCAUCCAUCCAGGCAUCUAUCCACUCAUCCACCCAUUCAUACCUACCCAUCCACCCAUCCAUCUACUCAUCCAGCCAUCCAUAUAUCUAUCCAUUCAUCCACCCAUUCAUCCACCUACCCAUCCACCCAUCCAUCUACUCAUCCAUCCAUCCAUGUAUCUAUCCAUUCAUCCACCCAUUCAUCCACCUACCCAUCUACCCAUCCAUCUACUCAUCCAUCCAUCCAUGCAUCUAUCCAUUCAUCC